GGGAGUGUUGGCGGUGUUUCGGUGGCACCCACUAACAGGGUUUGCGGGAAGCUUUAUCAGUUGAAUUUCCCGGGGUUUUCGUAACGGUUGGGCCCAGGCUAGUGAUCCACACGUAACGCACCCACGAUGUCGGCUACCUACGGGGCAAGGAUGGAAUCGGAGUAUCCGCUCGACGAUACACUAGAGUAUUUCAUCAAAUUUCCUUCGCCCAACUUCCGGAGUGAUACACAAACGGCCGAGAGCGACUACGUGUUUGUUUGCAACGAAACCAACGUACCCAUCGUACUGCUGCUUGGUUGGGCCGGGUGCCAGGAUAAGUACUUGAUGAAGUACUCCAAAAUCUACGAAGAUCGAGGUCUCAUCACUAUUCGUUACACGGCUCCGGUGGAAAAUUUGUUCUGGAAACGCGCGGCCAUGCACCAGAUCGGGGAGAAAAUUUUGAAGCUGAUAUACGACAUGAACUUCGACAGCCAUCCGUUGAUAUUUCACGUUUUCUCCAACGGUGGCGCGUUUUUGUACCAACAUAUUGCGGUGGCGCUGAGGCGCUCCAAAGCACCGAUCAACGUGUGCGGCAUGAUCUUCGAUUCGGCCCCCGGUGACCGGCGCAUCUUGGGGUUGUAUCGUGCCAUCGCUGCUAUUUACGGGAAGGAACGACGGUGCAAUGUGCUCCUAUCAGCUCUGAUGGCCCUCGCUGCCAUGAUACUGUGGACGUUUGAUGACGUUUUCAAUUACAUUAUGAAUUUUUUAAGGCCACGUGGCUACGAAGUACAAACGAAUCCGUCGCACAAUCUCAAGUAUGAGAGUAACGCAUGGCCACAGUUAUUUCUUUACUCCAAGGAAGACCGGUUAAUACCUUACACCGAUGUAGAAAAAUUUGCCAACUAUCGAAGUCGAUGUGGCGUGGACGUGCGGAUGGUUUGUUUCGAACGCUCGGAACACGUGAAGCACUACAUUCGCCACCCGCAGCAGUACAUCUACACCGUGUGCAAGUUUAUCAACGAUUGUUUAUCGAACUACUAUAGUAAAUUUCAUAACUAA